GAACAAACGAACCGUAGAAGAAGUGUGCUUGAAGCGGUUUUCUUGUGUUAUUUAGCUAGCUGGCAGGCUAGCAAGUAGGCUAGCUAAAUAAGGAGCCACUAAAGACUGAACAUGCCGCGGGAAAUUAUAACGCUUCAGCUCGGACAGUGUGGAAACCAAAUCGGAUUUGAGUUUUGGAAGCAGCUAUGUGCAGAGCACGGCAUCAGCCCAGAGGGGAUUGUUGAGGAGUUUGCAACUGAAGGGACCGACAGAAAAGAUGUGUUCUUCUACCAGGCUGAUGAUGAGCACUAUAUCCCUCGUGCAGUUCUUCUGGAUCUGGAGCCCCGCGUGAUCCACUCCAUCCUGAACUCCCCUUACGCAAACUUGUACAACCCUGAGAACAUCUACCUGUCUGAGCAUGGCGGGGGCGCUGGGAACAACUGGGCUAGUGGAUAUUCACAGGGCAAAAAAAUACAAGAGGACAUCUUUGACAUCAUUGACCGAGAGGCAGAUGGCAGCGACAGUCUGGAGGGGUUUGUUCUGUGUCAUUCGAUUGCAGGGGGUACAGGUUCCGGACUGGGCUCAUAUCUGCUGGAGAGACUCAAUGACAGGUACCCAAAGAAGCUGGUUCAGACUUACUCGGUUUUCCCGAACCAGGACGAGAUGAGCGACGUGGUCGUUCAGCCGUACAACUCGCUGCUCACGCUGAAGAGGCUCACUCAGAACGCAGACUGUGUGGUGGUGUUGGAUAACACGGCUCUGAACCGCAUCGCCACGGACCGGCUGCACAUCCAGAACCCGUCGUUCUCCCAGAUCAAUCAGCUGGUUUCCACCAUCAUGUCUGCGAGCACAACCACCCUGCGCUACCCGGGCUACAUGAACAACGACCUCAUCGGCCUGAUUGCGUCCCUCAUCCCCACGCCUCGACUCCACUUCCUCAUGACUGGAUACACGCCGCUCACCACGGAUCAGUCGGUUGCCAGUGUGAGGAAAACCACAGUGCUGGACGUGAUGAGGAGGCUUCUGCAGCCCAAGAAUGUGAUGGUGUCGACGGGAAGAGAGAGGCAGCCCAGCCACUGCUACAUCGCCAUCCUCAACAUCAUCCAGGGAGAGGUGGAUCCCACACAGGUGCAUAAAAGCCUCCAAAGGAUCAGGGAACGCAAGCUCGCCAGCUUCAUCCCCUGGGGUCCUGCUAGCAUCCAGGUGGCUUUGUCCAGGAAGUCCCCGUACCUGCCUUCAGCUCACAGAGUCAGCGGCUUGAUGAUGGCCAACCACACAAGUAUCUCCUCUCUGUUUGAGCGGACGUGCAAGCAGUAUGACAAACUGCGUAAGCGCGAGGCCUUCCUGGAGCAGUUCCGCAAAGAGGACAUAUUCAAGGACAACUUUGAUGAGCUGGACAACUCUCGUGAAGUUGUCCAGCAGCUGGUCGACGAGUACAGCGCAGCCACGCGGCCCGACUACAUUUCCUGGGGCACGCAAGACCAGUAAACAGACUUUUUGUCCUGUAUCUCAGCCACGGCCCAGUCAGCGUACAUGCUUAGCUAGUUCAUUCUCGGUUUAUGUCCUUUUUUGACGCCCUGCAAUACUUGUCCUGCAUAUAGGCUUCCCACAGUAGAACAAUGUUUGGGUAUAGCUGCUUGUGCAAAAAAAAAAAAAAGAAUUAUUUAUUGGCUUGUUAUAGCAUGUAGUGUUUCUGUCUCACAAUUCAAGAGACUGAUGAAUAAAUGAUAACACCAACUUUCUAUUUGUAUUAACCAAAAAGUUUUUUUUCUUUUUUCUUUUUUUUUUUAACAUAAAACAGAGAGCAGUUUAAUGAAGUGAAAGUAAGAGUACUUCUUUCUUGAAAGCCUUACACAGUUUCCUUAAACCAUCCCUUGUAGUCUAUUUUACCAUCCUCCCCAGCCAUGUAACACAAGCCAUUGCCUUGUUUGGCCUAUUUUUUUAAUUUUUUUUUUAGUGGAGUACGUUACUUUUUGUGCAGUUGAUUCACAGUGAAACAUCUAGAGGCUACAGGACGCUCAGCGUGAUGGUUAAAUAUAGGUAUUGGCAUGUCUAACGUGGUGCAUUUCACCAUCUGUCUGCCGCUGACACAGUGCUCAUUUGUACAAGACCAACAAGAAUGUCAAGUUAAAGUUGGGCUUGAGCCAUAAGUGAUGUUAAAAUGCCUGCCAUGUAAACUACUGUGUAGCCGUUUUAACAGCAUUUGUCCUCCGCUGUACGGAAAGAUAAACACAGAUAAACAUGUGCGAGGAUGGAUCUUGAUUCAACUGUUAAUCUCCACUCCUGUAAAUACACUUUAAAUAGCAAAUUCACUGACAUCAUCUAAAAUGAAUAUACUGUUCCAUGUAGAUUUUCUGGUUGGACCUGUUCUAAAAUGAUGAAUAAACUCGUUUUCUAUUA